AUGGCCACCGCAACGGCGCUCCCUGAAGUGCUUGCCAACUUCACAUCUGCGACUGAAUCUGCGAUACAAGGUCUACCCACCGCCGAGACAUUCCUUCUCCCAGAAAAUGGCAAUACCCUCUUCGACACGAAGAAUGAGAUCUUCCUCGCCUACCUUCAAGCUCUUGCGCUGCGCAAUUUGAACGUCAUUCGAAGCAUCAAAAAUGGCGACAAGGCUGAGGAGACUCAGAAGCUCAGUGAGGACAUCACCAAAAAGCUGGUCGAGCAUAGAGUCUACUUGGAAAGAGGUGUGAAGCCGCUUGAAUUGAAGCUCAAAUACCAGGUCGACCGGGUUGUGAAGGCGGCAGAGGACCAAGAGCGAGCUGCGGCGCACAAGGCAAAGCAAGGUGCUCUUGCAAUGGCCAAAGCUAGCAACAAGGACGACGAGUCGGAGGACAGCGACAGCGACAGCGAUGCCGAGCUGGGCGCCGAUAUGACCGCCUACCAACCCAACCUCAAGACGAUCCAAUCGCAAACUGCUGAAGCCGACACCACUCGUGGCAACAAGUCUACUGCCUCCUCUGAUGGUGUCUACCGCCCGCCUCGCGUCUCUGCAACCUCCAUGCCCACCACCGAGCGCCGCGAACCCAAAGCCGAGCGCAAACCUCACCGAUCGGCCACUCUUGACGAAUACGUCUCGACUGAACUAUCAACCGCUCCACUCGCUGAGCCCAGCAUAGGCAGCAACCUGGCUUCAGGCGGACGACAGACCAAAUCCGCACGGAACUUGCGCGAAGAAGCAGAGAGGAGAGACUACGAAGAGACGAACCUCGUCCGUCUGCCAGUCAUGUCGAAGAAAGAGCGAGCGAGAAAAGGACUGGGCAAGCCUUCGGAUGGUGGCUUCGGUGGAGAGGAAUGGCGAGGUCUGGGUGUGAACCUGGACCGCAUCGGCGACUUGACCAGGAGGAAGGGCAAGGACAGUCAGCUGGACAAGAGCAGAAAGAGACGAGCGACAGAAGAUGGACCUAGAGGCGAUGGUGCUGGAGGUGGAUUCGAGGUCAAAAAGAGGAGGAUGCAGAAGAAGGGUCAAUUGUAG